AUGCUAUCUGAAUACCGAGAUCUUCUUGAGAAACGACGUUUAGAGAGAAAGCGAGGACACAAUCCUGUGCCAGACCUUCCUCCCUUUGUCCCAUUACCCAAAGAUGAGCUUGCUCAAAUGCCACCUUCAUCACCCGCUUCUUUUGAUUUUGAUUCAUACCUCUCUCGAGAGUCUAUUACACUCAGUCGCAGAUCUCCAUCCGUCUACUCGAGGCAGUCAGUCAAUGCAUCAUCACCGCCUGCCAGAUCUCGUAGUAUAAUCACACCACCACUACUUGCUUUAUCUAUUGCAAAUGACAUGGAAAAUAAUCAGCCUCGUAGUCCUCAAAGGCCAUCUUAUUUGUCACAGUUAGCACCAUUUUCAGUGACACCGAGAAAGCGAUUGUUUGCAGAGACCACCAUGAUCACAGUUGAAGAAUUCGCCACAGACGAUGACGAACCUCAUCACAAUAAACGUGUGCAAUCCCCGUCAGUAAACAGAGAAACAGAAUACAAAGUAUACCAUGAUAAGGGCCCAAUCGAGACACCAGUAGCUAUGGAUCAAGCCAAUAUACCGAAUAUAGAGCAUUCAAACAGUAGUGAAGAUAUAGAUAUGAUGGAUGCCAAUACAAACAACAAGAUACCCGAUAACGAGCAACCACUUUCACCUGUCAUGGAAGGAAACAACAUGGCCGAGAGUUUGUCCAUUCACGAGUUGUCAAUUCAUGAGGAGAGCCAUGAAGAGGAUCAAUCCCACAACACACCGCCAGCAACAGCAGAGUCUCCUCUGGAAAACAGUAAUAAUGCGCAUUAUGCCAGCGUGCCUAUAGAGCCACAGCAACAAGUAACUAAAGACAGCCUACAAGAACCGGACGAAUCACAGCAACUGAUGUCGAGAGGUGAUAUAGAGAAAUCUAAGGAAGCACAAGAUGAAGCGCCAGGACCUGCUGAAGCAUCAGAAUCAGUGUUGCAGGAGAAUUUAGAGAAAUCCAGUAAAGUCACCUAUCAAACAGUUGUAGACGAAGAAACGCAGGAUAAUCUGGGAGAAUCACAGCAAGAGGCAGGCGAAUCCAUAGAAACACCAACAGCAAAAGAGGGAGAUCAAACCAUCAUCAACGACCACACAUCAGAAACAGAAAAUGCAGUGGAUCCAUCAACACAGGGAAAACCAAUCAAGUAUGGAUUUGACGACAAUGAUAUAGACUAUGGUGGCUAUGGUGAUGUCGUCGAGGAAGAUAUAGGGAAAACAGCUGACAGUAUGCGUCAGGCAGGAGAUCAGACAAGCCAGGCAGGAGACAAGGCGAGCCAGACAGAGGAGGACACACCAAACGACGUAUUACGGGAUCUUCGAACAAUGGCCACUGCCAAUACAGUAAACUUGAAAAAGAUAAGAAAGCUCUCGAAUCUUCAUAUCCAAACCAUUAGCAAUCUUGUACUUGACAGUACAAAAGAAGCAAGAAACAACACAACGGAUGCGCACGAAAAGAGCAUUAUUGAGGACUAUUACUACACUGUCAAUGAUGAUUUGAAGAAAUGCCACAAGCACUAUCUUCAGUACCAACAGUGCGCCUCCGCCAAUCGUCGUCUGAAAGCAUACCACCGCAAGAAGGAUCUGCAGUUUCUCAAUGUCAUCAAGGAGGAGGGCACACUCAAGAGACGUAUCCAUGACCUGAGACAGGAGAUUGACGAAUUAGACACUAAGCAGGAUACCUGGAAACGCAUUGAAGAAUUGUUUCAUGAUAUCAACCAGAUCAAGGACACUGUCAUCACCACCGUCACAAAACAAGUGUAG